UGAACCUAGUUACUGCAAUAUGUAGUUCCAUAUUAUGAUAUUUUUACUGCAAAAAAAGUCCACAUUGAUAGCAAUAGCUCGUUUUACCGAACUGUUAUUGUAGGAAAUUAAAAAAAAUUUGUGUAGUAUAAUAGUGCUAUAUAAACGCGAUGACAGUGUUUCAUUAAGCGGGAACCCAAAAUUAGCUUUUCCGCGUACACACUUAGUAAAAAUCAUUAAUCAACUCACUUUACCUCUCUCUAAUCGUGUUUUCCCUCUAUCUUCCCUAAUUUUCUCCUCUUUCUCACAUAACCCUAGCUAAAAUUUAUCGAGCUCCAUUCUACACCUCUAAACACUGUUCCGCCUCUCCCAUCCGCCAAUUAAAGCUCCGUCAUCCACCAUUCCGAGACCAUUUCCGUUGCUGAAGGUAUCGAAGGUCGCCAUUACGCCAUUUCUGUCGAUAGUUAAUUUCCUGAUUUGAUUUCCUGUUUUCAUUUCAUAUUUGCUUAGAUUUCAUCUUUCGUUUGAUUUCCUUUAACUAGGAUUGUUGUUUUAUCAAUUUCGAUUUAGACUUUAAGGAUUCGAUUUGCGAAAUAAAAUUUAUUUGCAUGUCUUCGUUUUCGUUUUAGUUUUAUCAGCUCGAUUACUUGUUACUUAUUCGAAUAAUUUACUGAUUCUGUGUUGUGUCAUUGUGUUGUGUGAUUCUGUAGUAUUUGAUUGAAGAUCUAUCGUUUUUGUAGUCAUUGUGUCAGUGUGUUGUGUGAUUCUGUAGUUUGUUCAGAAUAAUAUAUCGAGUAGAAGAGAUGCCUCUUAUGUGUCCUGUGUCAUUUGUUCAGAAUCGUAGUAGAUUUGCGUUUUAUCUAAUGUAAUUUUUUAUUAUUUGUGCUCGUUUUAGCAAUGAAUUCGAGGAUAAGUUAUGUGCUUCAUCUAAUGUCAUUUUAUUAUGUUAUUUGUUCUGACUCUGAGUGCUUUUACUAUGAAAUCGAGGACAAGUUCUGAGUAUUCUGAGUGAUUAUACUAUUACUCUGAUGACUCUGAUGACAAUUUGUCAAAAAUUGUUACUGAAGUUUCAGUUUUGGUUUAGAAUAUAUAAUGGUGGACAAGGCAUGGGUUCAUCUUAGCAGAGUUGAUCCUGCGUAUGAGAGAGGGGCUUCAGAGUUUGUACGAGAUGUGGCUGCAGGUCUGGGAGGGACUGAUAUGAUUGUAUGUCCCCUGCAUUGACUGCCGUAAUAUAGAUCGUCACUCAGGAGUUGUGGUAGUUGAUCAUCUAGUUACUGGGGGAAUGGAGGAGUCUUACAAGAAGCGGCCUGAUUGGUAUCUACAUGGAGAAUUGGACUCAAGAGUUGAAUCUGAAAGCAACACAAGUCAGUGGAAUGAUGAUAUCUUCGGGUUAUACAGAGCCGCUGAGUGUUUUGAUGAAGAUUUAGCUGGUACUGGGGAGUUAUCUGAGAUGGCAGAGGGAGACGACAAGAAAGAGGAUGAAUUCCUGGCAAAGAUAGCUGAAGCCGAAACCCCAUUGUAUCUGAGCUGUGCAUCACACAACAAGUUAUCUGCCAUUGUUUCUUUAAUCAGACUGAAGACACAAAAUGGGUGGUCUGACAAGAGCUUCAACGAUCUGCUUGAGACCUUACCAGAGAUGUUUCCAGAGGAUAAUGUGCUCCACACUUCGCUGUAUGAGGUGAAGAAAUUUCUGAAAUCUUUUGAUAUGGGUUACGAGAAGAUUCACGCAUGCGUCAAUGACUGCUGUCUAUUCCGAAAGAGGUACAAGAAGCUUGAGAAGUGUCCAAAAUGCAAGGCUUCAAGAUGGAAGACCAAUAUGCACACUGGUGAGAAGAAGAAAGAUGUCCCACAGAAAGUAUUACAUUACUUUCCCAUCAUACCAAGAUUGAAGAGGAUGUUCCGGUCUGAGCAAAUGGCAAAGGAUUUGAGGUGGUACUUCACCAACAAAAGCACAGAUGGAAAACUUUGGCACCCUGUUGAUUCAGUGACAUGGGAUCAGGUGAAUGCAAAACACCCGGCCUUUGCAGCAGAAGAAAGGAACCUGAGGCUUGGUCUUUCAACUGACGGAUUUAAUCCCUUCAAUAUGAAGAAUUCGAUGUACAGUUGCUGGUCUGUUUUGCUAGUGAACUAUAACUUGCUGCCUGACCUAUGCAUGAAGAAGGAGAACAUCUUGCUUUCGUUGUUGAUUCCUGGUCCACAACAGCCUGGUAAUAGCAUCGAUGUGUACUUAGAACCCCUCAUCGACGAUUUAAACCAUCUGUGGAGCAGUGGAGAGGUAACCUACGAUGCUGUAACUUGUUGUACUUUUAAUCUUAAUGCAAUGCUGCCUUGGACGAUCAGUGAUUUCCCAGCUUAUGAGAAUCUUGCAGGCUGUAAAGUCAAGGGGAAAAUGGGGUGUCCGUUAUGUGGAAAGAAGACAGAUAGUAUGUGGCUAAAGUUCAGCAGAAAACAUGUCUACAUGUGCCAUAGAAAGGGUCUGCCACCAACUCAUAGUUUUAGAGGAAAGAAGAAGUGGUUUGAUGGAAAAGCUGAACAAGGGAGAAGGGGUAGAAUACUAACAGGUCGUGAAAUUUCUCAAAAUCUGAGAAACUUCAACAAUGACUUUGGAAAUUUUAAGAGAUCUGCAAGUAAGAGGAAAAGGAUUCAGAGUACUGAUUUAAGCUCUGAUGUUGAGGCUUUAUCUAGUGAAUCAGAGGAAGAAGAAGAGGAAGAGGAAGAGGAAGAGGAAGAGGAAGAAGUUCAAGUCGAUGAAGAUGAGUUAUCUCGGUGGAAGAAGAGAUCAAUCUUCUUCAGGCUACCAUACUGGGAGGAACUUCCGAUGAGACACAACUUGGAUGCCAUACAUGUGGAGAGGAAUGUGGCUGCGAGUUUAGUUUCCACAUUGUUGCACUCUGGAAAAUCUAAGGAUGGUCUUGCUGCUCGUAAAGAUCUGGAGGAAUUUGGUAUUAGGCAGGAGUUGCACCCUAAAAUCCAAGGAAAACGAACAUAUCUUCCUCCAGCACUAUGGUCUUUGUCGAAGGCAGAGAAGAAGAUCUUUUGCAGGCGACUAUUUGACUUCAAAGGGCCAGAUGGAUAUUGCUCAAACAUUUCAAGAGGUGUUUCACUAGAUGACUGUAAAGUAUCAGGUUUGAAAUCCCAUGACUAUCAUGUUUUAAUGCAGCAACUUCUUCUGAUUGCGCUUAAAGGAUCGUUACCUAAAGGACCUAGGCUAGCCAUUUUGAGGCUGUGCGCAUUCUUCAAUAUGCUGUGUCAGAGAGUGAUUGAUAGGGAGAAGCUAUUGGUUAUGGAAGCUGAGAUUGUUGAGACUCUAUGCUUGUUUGAAAGAUUUUUUCCUCCAAGCUUCUUUGAUAUCAUGGUCCAUUUUGAGGUUGUGCGCAUUGUUCAAUAUGUUGUGCCAGAGAGUGAUUGAUAGGGAGAAGCUAUUGGUUAUGGAAGCUGAGAUUGUUGAGACUCUAUGCUUGUUUGAAAGAUUUUUCCCUCCAAGCUUCUUUGAUAUCAUGGUCCAUUUGACUGUGCACCUAGGAAGGGAAGCCCGCCUUGGUGGACCAGUCCAAUUUAGAUGGAUGUACCCAUUUGAAAGGUACAUAAAAGUCCUCAAAGACUUUGUGAGAAAUCCUGCAAGACCUGAGGGGUGCAUCGCUGAGUCGUAUUUAGCUGAAGAAUGUAUCGGGUUUUGCAAUGAAUUUUUUAAGAAGACAACAGACGUAGAAGAAAAAAUAGACAGAAACACAGAGUAUGAGAACAAUUCCAUCUUAGAGGGUCGUCCAAUAUCCACAGGCACUCCAAUUACUCUGACUGAAAUGGAAAAGAAAGUAGCACAUCUUGCUAUCAUCCAAAACAUGGCUUUCGUGAACCAUACGUAGAUGAGCAUCUACAGUAUUUACAAGACACAUGUGAAAAAUGUCGGCGAGAUGCAUCAACCUUAUCAAGUAUGCACACAAAGAAUUUCGCAACUUGGCUAAAAGAACAGGUGCCUCUUGAUUCUACAGAGCAUGAAGAAACACUUAAGUGGAUAACUUAUGGUCCAUGUUGUUCUGCAAGGUCUUAUACAUGAUUCAUAGUUAAUGGGCAGGGGUUUCACACAACGUCAAUUGAUAGGAGAAGUCAGAAUAGUGGGGUUUAUUAUGAGGCUACAGCAGUCUGUAGAUCUAGUGCCAAAGAUAUAUCACAGGUCGUCGAUCUGGUUUCUUUUUACGGCAGAGUAACUGACAUCAUUUUGCUGGAUUAUAAAGUCUUCUAUGUCCCUCUGUUCCGGUGUGAAUGGGCAGUAAAGGGUAAUGGAGUGAAGAUUGAAGAUGGUUUCACCCUUGUUAACCUCCAUCAUAGUCAAGCAUCCUUUGCAAGUGAUCUAUACAUUCUAGCAUCUCAAGCAAAGCAAGUCUUUUACUCUAGGGAAGAUGAGUCAUCACAUUGGUAUACUGUUAUGAGAGAUCCUUCGAGAAGAUACAGUAAGGAAGAUAUUCAAGAGGGGACUGCAAACAUUGGGCCAUUACCAUCAAAUAUCGACAUGGAAGUUGACAUUGAUGAGGCAGAGAAUGUCAGAACUGAUUGUGAAGGCAUAUAUGUAAAUUGUUAUGGCCGGUGGAACGAAAAACAAAAGAGGAGGGAAGCCAAAAAAGAAAGAAAAACAAGCAGAUGAUGAUGUUGAGUUCGUGCGUACUUUGGAGACAGGUGAGCAACAUGUGACAGAACCAGAAGAAGGUGAGCAACAUGUGAGAACCACAAGAAGAUGAACAACAUAUGAUAGAACCUGAGACAGAACGAGCUGAUAGUGAGCCUGAAGGUGAGAUCGGACAGUCUACAGUUCCGGAGCCAAAAGAUUCAAACUCCCGUAAGAGAAAGCGUGGACCAACAAUGAUGAAAGACAUAGCUAAAGAUCCAAAUAGCAGAGUUCAUGUAGAUUUCACUUUCAUGGGAGAACCUUACUGAUGCGCCUCAGUCCAUGGAUCAGUACAUGGAACCGGACCAGAUUGGAGAUCAGGCCGAUCAGAACAACUCAGCCGAGGUUCGUCUACCGAGCCGUGCCAACCAGGACGAUCGUGCCGUGUACCACCUAGACCCGCUUACAUCCGGGAUGGAGCUUAGACCAGACCCACGUCCAGACAUCCGAACUGACUAAUCCAGUACGCGUUCUUCCCAGCCAUCUCGACAAGCCAAAGCCAACAGCCGAGCCAGACUUGACUUGGAUCGUGAGGUUUCCCAAAAUGAUCUAGACUUCUCUCUCUUGGUCCAUUUGGUGCGAACCAAGUGUCCUAAAGACCAAACCGAUGGACUAUCUCUCAUGUCUGACACUCUCUUGGAUUUCUAUCAUUCAUAUUUCUCUAAGGCACGAAUCAUCCAGCUUUCUGAAGACUUAGGCCGCAUCAGUACACUGCUUGAUCACCCGGCGGACUGUCCAGACCGUCCCGAGUUCGUCCAGAUCCUUACCGCGACAACUCCAACUUGGCCGAAUGAAUCUGGACAUCAGCCGAAGAAUCACUUUGACCAGAUCUGAUCUGAAGAGUUAUUUGACUGCCUUUCAACAUACCACAAGUAGUAUAAGUAUGUAAACUCUUUCUCAUAAUCAAUGAAUCGAUUUUCCCCUUAA